GCUUGCCCAGAAACCCGUGACUCUCGAUAAACUUUGCAAGAUUUAUUUUCUUUCACUCGUUUAUUUUGGAAUUUGUUCGAGUUUUUAUUUACAUAAUAUUCAUAGGUAACCGAGUGCCACAACAAAGGUAAAUCAAAUCGUAUAUUUCUUAUAGCUGAAAUGAUGGAUUAUCCGUUUAAUUCGAAUGGCACGUGCCAAGAUUGUUGGGAUCUGGGUCCUCCACCGGAUACCAUUUUAACCAUACCUCCACCUCCUAUGCCAACUUUUUUCGCCAGUUCUUUCAUCAAUGUUGGUAAUCGGUCGAAUGCACCUUGUCCUUUGCUUUGCGAUUGGACUACCGGUCAAGGAUUGGAAAUCAACGAAGAAUUCCCGUUUAAAGGCAAUUUGGAAGAAAAUUCGUGGUUCUUUUUAACGAUCUCUUCAUUCACGAUUAUUUUACUAUUGGCGACGUUGUUAACUCUGCUACUUUUGAGAUUCCGACAGAAUCAGAAAAUGAAAUCAUGUCUGCACAAAACCACUUACAACGAUCGUACCUACGAAUCAAUUCUAUACCCAUCGAUGAAAGAUAAAGAUAAUCACGUACUGUGGGCAACACUAACACCCAAAGGAAAACCUCAAACUGUAGCAGUAUCAUCAGCACCACCUCCCUUACCCCCGAGAGUCUCCCACGUCAGAAGUUUCGAGAAUUGUGCUUUCGCCGAUAUGGACGAUUACCCUACAAAAUAUGGCCGGCCACGAGUUUCUUCACCCAUGCGUAUUGAAAAUCCGAAUAUGCCACCUUUGAAUUUUUAUCCAAGUUUUGAACGUAAUCAUUAUCCGUCUCUUUUGUAAAUAAAAAUAAUAUACAUAUCUGGAAUCAGGCGGGUCAAAAUUGAAACGAAGGUAUGGAAGAUGAAAAAGUAAAGCAAGAGUUGGGAGUAUGAGAUUUUAGUUACAGUUUUAAAAAAAAAACUCCUUUGUACCAUGAUUAUUAUGUACCUACUUAUAAGUAUGUUCUCGCUUCGUGUAGCUUUUUAUUUGAUAAGUAUUUGUUUUCUUAUUUUGUAGAAUUACCUGAUGAAUGUUUUUUGGUUUUGGUUGAAUUUUCUUUAAUUUAUUCUAGUCAUUUUGUUUAUUUUGUUUUAUUCGUCUAGGUACCUAUUUACUUCCUAAUUUUAUUCUAAUUUUACUUAGCAGUGAAUAUGUUGAUAAUUCAUUUUUUUUUUUACUUUUUAUAUUUGUAGGGGGAAAAAUGAAAUUGCAUUUUUUUUGUUUUGUGUUUUUUUAUUUGAAUAAAGUAACAUACCUUACCUA